AAACAGUGAUGUGGCUGUGCACCACUAUUCUUUCAUCGGCCCAUCCCGAACCUUUGAAUCCUGUACAUUCAGCACCUCAAACCAGUUUCGAACUUUUCAAAUGAAUCUCUUACAUCGAAUUGCCUGCUAACUGGAGAUUUGAUGGGCGCGUUCAACCUGUGUGUUUUGACGACACUUGAGCUCAGAACAAUAGAGACCGCGGCUUUUGUUCUCUAGCCGAGGACGUCCGAAGUCCUCAUUGUUCUUUGCUGUCCCCAUAUAAGACUCGGGCGCGUUCGUGAUGAGGACCAUCCACUUCUUUAGACUUUCUCUGUGUUUUCCUUCCGUGUCGCUCAUUGCUCAUGCCAUUCUCACGUCUUUUCACGACCCUCAUCGCCCUGGCUGGCGCUGACCUCAUUCAGUCCGUUUCUGGACAUGCCUCUCUCUGGCACCCCUCCAUGUACGGCUUCAACGUCACCCAGCAAACGUUCCCUUACGAUAACCGACCUGUCAGCCCACUGACCAACUUCACUUUCAACCAAUGGUGGUUCCACGGGCACCUCGCCUUCCCCCCACAUCCGACCGACAUAUUCGAGCUGCCCGCCGGCCAGGCCGCCACGACCGAGAUCGCCUGCAACAAGGGUGCCACGACGUUCUUCGCGUCCUCCGAGGGCGGCGACAUCCGGCCGACGCCCGACUCGAACGACGUAUGCCCCGGCUCGGGCACGGACGAGUUCCACACGAAGGGCUUCGACGACCUAACGGGCUGCGCGCUCGCCAUCGCAUACACUGCCGACGACAAGACCGUCGCGCCGGAGGACUUCACCGUGUUCAGCGUGAACCAGACGUGCGUGUGGACGCGCUUCACGGAUUUCCAGGUGCCCGCGCGAAUGCCGCCGUGCCCGCCGGGCGGGUGUCUGUGUGCGUGGUUGUGGAUUCAUUCGCCUGACAGCGGUGGAGAGCAGAACUACAUGACCGGCUUCAAGUGCAAUGUCACAGGAUCCACAUCUGAAGUCCCUCUGGCCAAACCCCAAGUCGCGCGCCGCUGUGGUGCUGAUUCUAUGAACGGCAAAUGGCACGCGUCGCCGUCCAAUUGCACGUAUGGUGCCAAGCAGCCUCUCUACUGGUUCCAAGCCGAGCGAAACAACAUGUUCGAGGGAACAUAUGCCCCUCCAUUCUACACCGAUCUCUAUGGCUUCCGGGACGGCCAGCAGGACGACAUCUUCCAGGAUUCGUAUGCGUUUCUCCCGACUCCGGCACCCAGCGGCCCGCUCCCGAUCCUGAACAUGUCCGCAGUAGCCCAGCCGGAGCUCGUGCUGCAGCCUUUGUGGAAGAAGAACCUCCAGGCGAGGCGCUCGCACUCGAUGCGCAGGCAGUGGAUGAGUCGCGUUUCUUUCUGAGUUGAGCUGGUUUCAUGUACCACUAAUGUAAUACACUGUGUAAAUGUAGAAUAGAUAGCCUACUGUUGUUGUAGCCAAUAAUACUGUACUUGUAUCCUUGACGGAAGGCAUCGCGCAUUGACAAC